UGUCGUCUUUUCCCAUUUUCCCACCUAUAGGUAGCCCGUGGUGACAGAAGCGGAGAGGAUGGAAUCCCUAUGCUACUAAAGAUCCCACGUAUGUUUGAUCCCUGGGGUGGCUACAGCAUCAUUGGAUUUGGUGAUAUUAUAUUACCUGGACUGCUUGUAACUUUUGCACUGAGAUACGACUGGUUGGCGAACAAGAGGCUUAAGUCAGGGUAUUUCCUUGGGACAAUGUCUGCUUAUGGUCUAGGUCUUCUCAUAACAUACAUAGCUCUAAACUUGAUGGACGGACAUGGGCAACCGGCUUUGCUUUACAUUGUGCCAUUCAUACUCGGAACUUUGUUCGUGUUGGGUCACAAGAGAGGUGACCUGAAGACGCUAUGGACAACAGGGGAACCAGAGAGGCCAUGCCCUCACGUUAGGCUGCAACCUCAAUCGUCGUCUUAAACAACAACCAAUGUAUCAGACAGAUGAGAACAGAUAAAAUCAGAUGGUUUUUUAUUGUUAAUACACACACCCCUUCUUAGGUCUAUAUAUAUAUAUAUAUAUAUAUGUCUGUGUACGCUUUUUACACAACUGAGCAAGCAGGAGAGCCAUAACAUGUGCCUUGAACUCGUUUUAACCUUCUUUAAUUACUUUCAUACGGUUUUCUGAUA